AUGCCUCCAAGGGAACAUUCUCCCACUCAAGUGGAAAAUUGGGGUAUCGACAAGCAGGAUGAUGCAGGGUUUGUACCUGAGGAAGGCACUUGGGUGGACAUGGGGCAUUUGUUUCAGACUUUCCAUCCACACAUGACUGGAUGCAAAUGCGAUGUUAACAGUACAUUUAUCAACCAGGAUGUGCCCCCGCUGCCUCGUACAAAUGCCCCAUCAACUGACUGGAUGCCAUAUAAUGAUAGGGUCAAAUUCAAGACUGCAGAGUUUCUAUUUAAAUGCAACCAGAUGUCCGCCAAACAAAUCAACACUCUACUCGACUUAUGGGCCGCAACUCUGAUAAAACAUAACACCAUUGAUGCGACACCACUCGGGGAUGUCCCCUGGAAGAUGUUCUCGUAUGAUGUAUGGUAUAGAGACCCACUGCAAAUUGUUCACAACAUGCUCGUGAACCCUGCCUUCGACAGAGGCAUCAAAUACUCACUGUACCAUGAUUACACCAGUAACAACAAACAAUACUGGAAAUACUUGAUGUCAGGUGACUGGGCAUGGAACCAGGCGGACCUCAUUGCCAAAAACCAAGAGACUUAUGGUUCAACAUUUGUGCCAUUGAUUAUUGGCAGUGACAAGACAGUUGUAUCUGUUGCUACAGGCCAAAUAGAAUACCGCCCGCUAUAUCUUUCCAUUGGCAAUAUCCACAAUAGUCGGUCACUCGCCAAAAUUUUCGAGUCUGUGAAACCAUUCAUGGAAACUCCUGAUGUCAUGCACUUCCCUGAUUGUCACUUUCGACGAACGGUAUAUGGUUUAGGUCCCUAUAUAGCUGAUUAUCCAGAGCAGGUGUUGCUCUCUGGCAUUGUGCAGAACUGGUGUCCGCGGUGUCUGGCAAACAGCAAGGACCUCGAUGGUGUGCACACUGAGCUGCUCAUUGAACAGCUAACAUAUAAACAGGUUUGGCAAGAGUACAGUAUUAUUGGUGAUCUUGUCCCAUUCACCAAUGAUUAUCCUCGAGUGGACAUCCACGAGCUCCUCUUGCCAGAUCUCUUACACCAGAUAAUCAAGGGAACAUUCAAGGACCACUUGGUUGACUGGGUAGAAAACUAUCUAAAUAUCACACAUGGUGCUCGCUGUGCAGCCAAAAUUAUGGAUGACAUUGACCGCAGGUAUGUAAGUUAUUGUAUUUUUGCUGGAUUUCAGCAGUGGACUGGUGAUGACUCCAAGGCCUUGAUGAAGGUGUACCUAGCUGCAAUUGAGGGCCAUGUCCCUCAAGACAUGGUGUGCACAUUUGGUGCAUUCCUUGAUUUCUGUUAUAUUGUACAGUGCAAAGCUCUUACUGAAACUGACCUUGUCCAAAUCCAAGAUGCCCUUGACCACUUCCACAAAUACCAGGAGAUCUUCAAAGCAACUGGUACUGUCACGACAUUCUCACUACCACGCCAACACUCUCUGUGUCACUACAUACUACUCAUUCGACUUUUUGGGGCACCCAAUGGCCUUUGUUCUUCCAUUACUGAAUCUAAGCACAUAAAGGCCGUGAAAGAACCCUGGCACCACUCUAGCAGGUUCAAGGCACUUGGUCAAAUGUUGCUGACCAACCAGCAUCUAGACAAACUUGCAGCUGCAUGCAUGGAUUUUGAGGCACGUGGCAUGCUUCACGGCUCUUGCUUAUCUGAGGCUUUGCAAGAACUCCAAAGGUAUGUUUGUACACUUGGCGUUGAACUCAACCUUCUGCACUUCCCUCUCAUAAUCCAAGAAUUCAUCCAUGACCAGCAACAUUUGGACAACCCCAACCCUCCCAAAUAUGAUCCCAUGACAGCUCAAUUAUUCUUGGGGAAGUUGACCAUCUUUAACUCUGCUGCAGCAUUGUUCUAUGCACCCAGCAAUCUGAGUGGUACUGGAGGUAUGCACCAGGAGCACAUCCGGGCAACACCAUCAUGGCAUGGUGGCCCUCGCAGGAACGACUGCAUCUUUGCUAAUGUGGGCACCAACUUAGACUCUCAUAUGGGUGGACUUGCAGUUGCACGGGUCUUGUGCUUUUUCUCUUUCAGCAAUCGGACAUCGCAUUAUCCCUGCACCAUUGUUCAUUGGUAUUCUCAUGUACUCAAGGGACGUAAUCCUGACACAGGCGUGUACAUUGUCACUCCCACAACAAAUGAUGAUGACACUCCAGAUGUCUCUAUUAUUCAUGUCGACAGCAUUUUUCAUGCUGCCCAUCUCAUUCCAGUAUAUGGAUCAGACUUUAUUCCUAUCAUCAGUCUGCAUGACUCAUAUGACAUGUUCAACUCAUACUACGUCAAUAAAUAUGCGGAUCAUCAUUCUUUUGAGAUAGCAUGA